AUGCAGUUCGUACCCGCGCCCGCGGUCCACCGCGUCCUCUGUGCCGACUGCGGCACUCCCAUCGUCCCCAACUCCGCCAACCUAUGCGUCAACUGUCUACGGAAUACCGUAGACAUUACGGAAGGCAUACCAAAACAAGCAUCUGUCUCCUUCUGCAGGAACUGCGAGCGCUUUCUUUCUCCUCCAACAAGUUGGAUCAUCGCGCGACCCGAGUCCCAAGAGCUGCUCGCGAUAUGUCUCAAGAAGCUUAAGGGCCUCAACAAGAUCCGCUUAACCGAUGCGCACUUCAUCUGGACCGAGCCGCACUCGAAACGUCUCCGCGUAUCGCUCACAAUCCAGAAGGAGGUCCUCGCCGCGACGGUCCUGGAGCAAGUCUUCGAGAUCGAGUUCCUCGUCCAGUAUGGCCAGUGCCCGGAUUGCACGAAGCUGGCCGCGAAGAACACGUGGAAAGCGAUGGUCCAGGUCCGGCAGAAGGUCCCCCACAAGCGCACCUUCCUCUUCCUCGAGCAGCUCAUCCUCAAGCACGGUGCGCAGAAGGAAACGAUCUCGGUCAAGGAGGUGCAGGAUGGGCUAGACUUUUUCUACUCGUCGCGGAGCCAUGCGCAGAAGAUGGUAGAGUUCUUGGCGAGCGUGGUCCCCACAAGAUCUAAGUCGUCGGAGCAGCUGAUCUCUUCCGAUACCCACACGAGCACGGCCAACUUCAAGUACACCUACUCCGUCGAGAUCGCACCCAUAUGCAAGGACGAUCUCGUCUGCCUCAACCCAAAACUCGCCCGCUCCCUCUCUAACAUCUCCCCGCUCGUGCUAUGCUCCCGCGUCGGCAACUCCCUGCAACUGCUCGACCCCGCUACCCUCCAAACGGUCGAGAUCGCCUCGACAAUUUUCUGGCGCGCGCCCUUCGACGCGCUCGCGUCCGCCACGGACCUCGUCGAGUUCACCGUGCUCGACGUCGAGCCCGCGGCGCCGAGGCGCGGCAAGUGGGUCCAGGCGGACGCGCAGGUCGCGCUCUCCGGCGCGUUCCGCUCGCACGCCGACGGCGACGCCGCGAUGGACGACGGCGGCGGCGCGGAGCUCAUCUUCCACACGCGCACGCACCUCGGCGGGAUCCUGCAGCCGGGCGACGCCGCGCUCGGCUACUUCCUCAGGAACACGAACGCCAACUCGGACGACUUCGCGGCGCUGCCCGCGCACCGCGUCCCGGACGUCGUGCUCGUCAAGAAGGCGUACCCGAACCGGCGCAAGAAGAACAGGCCGCGCAAGUGGCGGCUGCGGUCGAUCGCGAAGGAGGCGGGCGAGGAGGGCGAGACUGGGUCGGGGCGCGGCGUCGUCGGACGCAUGGGCGGGCGGGACCAGAAGAAGGUGGAGGAGGACUACGAGCUGUUCUUGCGCGACAUCGAGGAGGACGACGAGGUGCGCGGGGCCGUCAACUUGUACCGCGCCAAGGACACGCGGCUGGAGGCGGGGUCGGGGAUGGCGGGAGGCAAGUCGCGGCGGAGGGGCGAGGGCCAGUUCGACAUGGACGUCGACGGGGAGCAUGCCGCGCCGGCUGCGGUGGGCGGCGACGCGGGCGACGAGGAGGAAGAGGAGGAACCAGACUUCCCGGAAGUGAAGCUCGACGACUUGCUCGAAGACUUUGACGAGAUGACGCUGGAGGACUCUGCGGAGGCGUGA